AUGCGCAUGAUGAAGUUUAACUUUCAAGUUGUCUAUGUUCCUGGGAGAGAGUUGCAAGUAGCUGAUGCGUUGUCUAGACGACCACAAAGUCCUGCUAAUGUAGAUAGCAUGGUGGAUGAGUUGAUAAAGGCGGUUGAAGAACACGUUGAGGGAAUUAGAGAUGCAUUACCAGCAUCAAAAGAUGGUCUAUUGAGAAUCAAGGAGGCAACUCGUCAAGAUUUAGAUAUGCAAGAGUUGAUCAGGGUUGUCAAUGCAGGAUGGCCGAAUCGGGUCACUCAGGUUGUUGCUGCUAUUCGCCCGUUUUGGAGCCAUACGGAUUUAUUGACUGUGGUUGACGGGUUACUGUUGAGGGGACAUCAGAUAGUUAUUCCGAAGUCUAUGAGAAAGGAGAUGCUUAAGCUGGCACAUGAUGGGCAUUUGGGAAUAGUAAAGACCAAGAAACGAGCAAGACAGUCAGUAUGGUGGCCGCAAAUGAAUAGUCAGUUGAAGUUAAUAGUUUCCAACUGUACAACGUGUGCAAGAUAUGCAAGUGAGCAGAGGAAAGAGCCACUCUGUAGUACUCCAAUGCCAGGAAGACCUUGGGAAAAAUUGGGUGCGGAUCUAUUUGAAGUAGAAAAGAUGCAUUUUUUAGUGGUUGUUGACUAUUACUCGAGGUAUCCGAAAGUUAAACAGCUCACAGGAACAAAAUCAACGGACAUUGUACUAGCACUGAAGAGUAUUUUCUCACGAUUUGGGAUUCUCAAUGUACUGGUCACAGAUAAUGGACCACAGUUUGUGAGUGAGGACUUUAAGAACUUCAGCAGGACUUAUCAGUUUAUGCAUGUAACGUCAUCUCCUAGACAUCCACAAGGAAAUGGACUAGCCGAAAAGACUGUUGGGACUGUCAAAGCCCUGAUAAAAAAGGCUUGA